UGAAUAGCUCAUAUCUGCCACUCAUUGAUGCCAUGCGUGCUCACUGUCCUGAGAGAUGACAAAACACUACACCCUUUAGGAUUUUUUUUUCCCGUCUCUCUAAAGCAGCAUUUCACAUCUGUGUCUGAUAGAAGCAUGAGGAGCUGAGAGAGGCAGACCUUCAUCAUCCUUCACAGAAUAAUGUUGCAUGGAUUAAAAGUUAAGCCCUGAUGUCUACUGAUCCUGUAUAUUUCCUACAAAAACCUAAAAUGUGGAGGCUACCAAAAUGUGUAGGGAAAUAACUUUUCACUGUUGGAAUAGCACCAGAAAACAGACGGAAUUUACUGGCUAUCAAAUAUUUAAAUAAUUUUUUAAAUGGGUGCUGAAUACUUGAGUUAACUGAGGGCAGAAUAAACAAAAAUCCUGAAUGUGACAGAAACCGUAUAUUGGAGAUACCUGGAAAUAAACUGGAAACAACCAAUACCAUAAGAGCGAAAGCAGCAGUGAACAAGAAGACGCUGUGGAAAAGAAAUCACAAGACGAGAGUGCACAAUGCAUUUCAAAUAGAAAAAAGCUUCCUAUCUGCUGAGUGAGUCUCAGUAUAUUCUGACAGAGCACAGACAAAGCUUCAAUCAAGUAUCUCCUAGCUAUCUCCAAAAGGAUGCUUCUGAGCACAGAAAGCAGUAUGCAACAGUGCUAAAGUCCCAAUGACAAUACACCGAGGACAAGAAUGGAAGUCAAUUUAUUGAGCAAUUCUACUGUUGUAAACAGUUCAUCCAUCAACCAUAAGCAGUUAGAAGGGCAUAGCCUCUGGGAAGUCAUUACUAUUGCCACUGUAACUGCAAUUGUAAGCUUAAUAACCAUAGUGGGAAAUAUUCUUGUAAUGAUAUCCUUUAAGGUCAACAGUCAGCUCAAAACUGUCAACAAUUAUUACUUGCUCAGCCUUGCCUGUGCAGAUCUCAUCAUUGGGAUAUUUUCUAUGAACCUUUAUACAUCCUAUAUACUCAUAGGCCAUUGGACUCUUGGAAGCCUUGCCUGUGACCUGUGGCUAGCACUGGACUAUGUAGCUAGCAAUGCCUCAGUAAUGAACCUCCUAGUCAUCAGUUUUGACAGAUAUUUUUCCAUCACAAGGCCUUUAACUUACAGGGCCAAACGCACACCCAAAAGAGCUGGCAUCAUGAUUGGUAUGGCUUGGCUAAUUUCCUUCAUGUUGUGGGCACCCGUAAUCUUGUGCUGGCAGUAUUUUGUGGGUGAACGAACAGUACCACCUGAAGAGUGCCAGAUACAGUUUCUAUAUGAACCCAUUAUCACCUUUGGUACUGCAAUUGCUGCUUUUUACAUUCCAGUGUCUGUGAUGACCAUUCUGUACUGCCGCAUUUAUAAAGAGACAGAAAAACGCACCAAGGACCUCGCUGAACUGCAGGGCUCAGAGUCUGUGGCAGAGUUUGAGACAAUAAAGCCUCAGAAAACUCUCCUGAAGUCUUGCUUCAGUUGCAAGCAACAAAACUUAGUCAAAAGAGAGAGGUGUCAGGCUUCUUGGUCUUCAUCUAGUCGAAGUACAUCAGCUACAGUGAAGGCCUCUCAGGCAGCAAGUACUUGUAUGGACUGGGCUAAGGCUGACCAGUUAACCACCUGCAGCAGCUACGCAUCGUCAGAAGACGAGGAUAAACUUGCCACUGACUCGGUUUUCCAAGUAACUUACAAAAGCCCAUCUAAAAGUAAGGCAGAAGAGUAUAAUGAGACUACAGAUGUCGUUGUCAAAGACCAACCUGAAGAAAAUGAUUUUGAGAACCAGAAAUACUUUUUGUCACCUGCCAAAGAACACGUACAGAAAAAUAAAAAAUGUGUGGCCUACAAAUUCCGUUUGGUGGUUAAGGCUGAUGGCACCCAGGAAGCCAACAAUGGUUGCCGAAAAGUAAAAAUAAGUCCUUGUUCUGCUGCUCUGUCAAAGGACCCUUCCAUCAAAAGCAUGGAUCCAAAUAUAAAUAACCAAAUCACCAAAAGGAAACGGAUGGUUCUUAUAAAGGAGCGCAAAGCGGCACAGACUUUAAGUGCCAUUCUUUUGGCUUUUAUCAUCACAUGGACUCCCUAUAAUAUCAUGGUCUUGAUCUCCACAUUUUGCUCUGACUGCAUUCCCGUGACACUAUGGCACCUUGGAUAUUGGCUAUGCUAUGUGAACAGCACUGUUAACCCCAUUUGUUACGCCCUCUGUAAUAAAACUUUCAGGAAGACUUUUAAGAUGCUGCUUUUCUGCCAGUGGAAAAAGAAAAAAGUGGAAGAGAAACUAUACUGGCAGGGCAAUACAAGACUGCCAUAAUUGUUCUUGUAUAAGGAAUAAGGGGAAAUAUAGAUAUUGAUGUAACCUAGCAAAUUCUGUCUUUUCAAAGCUGUUGCUGUUGUGUCUAGUGGUUAAAAAAAGAUACUGAAAAGUUAAAUUUUGCAUGAAAGUAGUGUGCUUGGGAUAAAAAGUCAGUGGCUGCUAUGAGCAACACAGGUUGUUUUUGACUAUGCAGUAGAAUUGCAUUACAGUUACUGUGUUUGGUGUCUUAUGUCCUUUCUUUCAGCCUGAGAAUAGGUAGAAUAAAUUAUAAACUACGAGAAAUUAGACUGGGAUGGUCAUCCAGUCAUCAGGUUAGGUCAUCCAGUCUGUCUCCCUGUAGAGCAGAACUGUUUCUUCCUAUAGUUCUUUGCUAGUGUAUUGUUUAUUUAGUUUUCAAUGUACCAAGCAAUGCAGCCUGUGCUACUUCUGUUUUGAGACUUUACCAUUGGCUGUUGAGAUGAAACAAGGACUAUCCAAAGGGUAAAUGCUGUCGUUCCCAAUACUAAAAGGUUAGGGAGAUUCAUAAUACUCCAAAUGAAUGCACAUAUUAUGGCAGAUUAUAAUACUGAGAAAAUUUCCACUUUAAGGAUGACUCUUGUAGAGGCAUAGGAAGGGCUGGUAGUGGAAGAAAUAGAUAAUGUAUUUUGUACAUGAAGAAGCAAGUCCCAAUCUCAGUUCCAUCAUGCAAGUCACGGUCAUUUGUAAAAAUGGUGAUGGAUAGAAGAUGGGUCUGAAUUUCUCCAGUUCCCAGUACCUCUGAAGGAAAUUUAAAAAUUUUAUUCAGCAGUGACAAUUGUACAAAUCAGAACUGACUGCAAAGCAUAAUGGACAGUCUAUCUACAACACAAGGAAAGUAUUUUUUGAGAUCUCUUCUGUUGUGCUACACCUUGCUCCAAAAGUUUCCAUUUCAUUUACCUAUAUAUAAACAGUGAGAGAACUGGCAUCCUUUAAAGAGGAAAGAUUUUUUAAGCAACUUUUUCAAGUUUCUAUAAAGCUAUUAAGAACAUUUUGUAUUCUUUGUCUUUAAAUAGCUUUACAAAUACUAGUCAACAUCAGGUGCUUGGAAACAUGAGUUAUCUUCAGGCACUCUCUUUCGGUCCAGCAAAACCACAUCUGCUACAGAUGGGGCUGGAGUCAACCCCUCUGGUGGCUGUGGCUUCUGGGACUGGGUUGUAGUGGCCUAGUUACAAGCUGAGACUGACCUCUAGCUGAGAUUUGAGGGGGCUUUUGGUGCCAGAGCUGAACUGCCUGUGCCGGCCUGGUGUCUGUGUUAGGUUGGCAGGAGUCCUGCAGCACUGACCGAGUGGGUGGGUAAGCAAGGGGCUGCCUUCAGCAGAAGGCCUUUGGAACGGACCUGGUGACCUGGCUCCUUGUGCUGGGAACAAACAAGAAGCCUCAGAAAAGGUCAUGAGAAAAAGUUAAUGGCAAUGGGAGUCAUGAGGCAUGGAAAUCCUAAAGAAAUCAAAUUGUUAUGAAGAAAGGAGAAAGAUCUUCAUGUACACAAAGUUCAAAUUCAGUUCUAGCCUUUCUAUCAAAAUUCUGAGUGAGAUACUCUGAAAUAUUAUUUUGGGACAAUCUUCAUAUUAUAUCUACUAUACACUUUAGUGGGACAUUGCAGUGGUGACAUUACCCAGUUGCACAUUUCAGGGAUUGAAUAAGUCAUCAUGAAUGUACCAUUGCUCUCAGUGAAAUUGUAUAAUUUAUUAAAUUAUCAUGCCAUCAGAAUGUUUCCCUACAGAUAGAUAAAUCCUCCACGUCAACAAUCACAGUACAACUAAUUAACAUUUUUUUAGCCCCAGUGUCCACAGGGGAAAGUUUUGUCAGUGAAAGGUUAGCAGUGUACUAAUGUAAAAAUAUGUUCUCUAACUUCACAUGACUGAUUUUGUAAUGCACUAUACUGUGCCUAUUAUUUUUUUUGUGCAUUAGCAUAUGAUUACUUAUGAAAGGAAAGCAGAGGUCUUUACAAAAACUCUUUCAUCAGUUUUGCUCUGUCACUAUCCAGAGCUUUUCCUGCAUACAGUAAUAUGUACAAAUUGGUUAUUAGAGUGAGUUUAUUUUAUAUUACAUUAGAUCAGACAUUCAAUAAACUAUGUUUGAUUUUUAGUAAAUGAAUAUGUCUCUCUGGGGGCACAAGCUGUACUUAAAGGCAAAAUUUAUGAGGUAGUAACAGUUCCUGCUAGCUACACUGUUAUUGCUGAAGUGAAGCAUUGGCUCCUAUUGAAAUUAAAUGGGGUAUUUUUUGUUGGUUUUGGUGUCUGUUGAUCAAGAAUGUUCUGUAAAUGUUUAUGGACUCUCUGCUCAGUAAAUGUACUAGAAUACACAGUGAUGGAUGCAAUAAUGUUGGUUCAAUGUAAUAGUGAAAUAUGUGCUCAAAUUAUGCUGCUAGCACCUACCAUGUGAGAGAUUACAUGGCCACAGAUAAGUACAUUGUAAAUACCAAGAAUUAUAUAAAGAGGUGUGUGUUGCUUUAUUGUUAUGUAGGAUGUUUAUUCUUAAAAAUAAUCAAAACCACAAAAAGACAAAUGUGGUCCUCAUCAGAGUAUCAGUUAGUACUUGAUUAUAUUUUGUACCUUUAAAAGGUGUUGUGGGACUUCUGCAGUGUAGGAAAAUCUUGUUACCUGUAUUUCUGUCCUUUUAAUGAAAUUUUUACUGACCUGUAAUUAAUUAUCAUAAUGGACUAAUGAAAUGUUUUUUGUAAAAUUACAUUUUAGUUAUACAUCAUUUUGUACACAUACAUAUAUACGUAUGUAUGUAUUAUCAAUAUAGAUGCAUAAAUACACAUCCCUAACUAAGCUUUCCAGAGACCCAGCACCUUUUAUAUUUUCAAGUAUUGAAUUUUCCCAUAAACUGGGGUAUGAUUUUUGUCUCUCCCUUUUCUUAAAUGCCAGCCUCCCUACAUAUUCCAGAUUCCCAUAAUUGAUCAACUAACAUCAAUUUUUUGCAAAUAUAAUUUAUGUUUGUAGAUAAAUACUUGGAAGAGUUCCCAGAAUUUUUAAGCAGAUGUAGAACACCUGGAUACAGUUGUGCGCUUUCUGUGACUACUCAGAGUGAAGAGCUUUGCAAAGGACAGCUCCUGUAAUGCUCCUGCAGCUGCUGGGCAGUCAGUGGCUUCUCUGUUUUGAGACACAGGUUAACCUUGACUCUAAAAAGGGAUACUGUGUCUUUUCACUUGAGUACUUGGGUUUACCCCUAGCAAGCCAGUAAGAGGCCACUCUGUUUCUUAUGUGGUCGCCCCAAAUCUCCACUGCUGCCUUUUGAACCCUGUCAGAAAUGUUCUGCCACAUAUAU